AUGUACACGAAGCACCCCGCUCGCCUUAUUCUCUCCGUCUCACUUCUUCUUCAGGCUGUCCCAGGCGUCACAGCGGUCGAGGUCAGUCGACCUUGGACCCCGGCUGAUGGCCACUUGGGCGACACCAACGACGGCUGUGAUCAGAGUCCUCCCCUGCCUCCUUCCGAAGUCGACGCCAUUGUGGUGGGUGGCGGGUUCUCGGGCCUCACUGCCGCGUAUGAGCUGCAACAGUUAGGCUACACCACACUCGUGCUUGAAGCGACGCACCUCCUCGGGGGCAAGUCCCGCUCCCAGAGACUGGAGACUGGUCCUGGCGUCGCGGAACUCGGCGCCACUUGGAUUAACAACAAGACGCAAAAGACAGUUUAUGAAUACAGCGAGCGCUUCGGACUGGACACCGUCGUACAGUAUAACGACGGCGAUACCAUUUUUCAGGGCGAAGAUGGCAAGGUAACCCGCUCAACUCCAGGUGAUGAUUCCGAGCCCGAGGACCCUGAGCUCGCUCUCCAGGAAGCUGCCUGGUUACUCCUCAUCGAAGAAUCUGCCGCCAAGAUUAACAUCUCCGACUGGGACAGUUUCCCCGAGAAGAAGGACGUUUCAUUUACCGACUGGCUCGAUAUUUACAAGAUGUGGGAGAAGCCGCACCUUCGAGCCCUCAGCCGUGGACUUUCCAGGGCUAUCGUUGGACGCGAGCCGGAGGAUAUCGGAGCACACUAUUUUCUCGACUACAUCAAGUCGGGGGGUGGCCUUCGUAGUCUCAUGUUUGAGGAUCAAGAGGGUGCCCAAUUCCAGUGGAUCAGGCAAGGUGAGUCUCCCUCAAGAAACAACGAUUCCAGCAUGAUGUUGAUAGUUGAGACAUUACAAGGCACCACGGCCAUCGCAACCAAUCUCGCCGAGGCAAUGACCCCUGGAAGCGUACUCAUCCACAGUCCCGUCCACAGCGUUGUCCAGCAGAACGACAUAGCCAUCGUCACCAUCGAGUCUGGCCAGUCUUUCCGCGCCAAGAAGGUCAUCAUUGCUGUGACGCAGAACGUCUACGACAAAAUCGCUUUCUCUCCCCCCCUCCCCUGCGACAAGCGCAACCUCGUGUCUCACACAAAACCAGGAAUCUACGCAAAGAUGGCCAUUACCUAUUCCAAGUCUUGGUGGCGCGACGCUGGUCUCGUCGGCAAGUUUACCUCUCUCACGGGGCCGGCUUGUUUCGGUUGGGAGAUUUCGGAUGCAUCGCAAGAUCUGCACGCCCUCAUGGUGUUCAUUGCCGGUAGUAUCGCUGAGAAAUGGAGCGCUCUGCCCGCGGACGAGAAGGAGAGGUCAAUCAUUGAGCAUCUGGCUGAGAUCUUCGGAAAGGAUCUCGCCAACGAGGCGCGAGACGUGCGCGAGGUUCAGUACGUCGAGUGGACGACGGAGGAGUAUUUCCUCGGUGGACCGACGACCACUCUCGGGGCGGGCAUGUUGCGUAAGUACGGCGCGGCGAUGAGGGAACCGUUUGAGAAUGUGCACUUUGCUGGCACUGAAACUGCGUUUGAGUGGAAAGGGUACCUGGAGGGGGCAGUCACUGCGGGCCAGCGUGCAGCACAGGAGGUUGCUGAUGGAUUGACGGAAACCAAGGACGCUUGA